CCUCACGAUCAUCGUCGCGUCGCUCCGUAAUAGCGGUCCUUAUUACUUAUAUACUCGUCUCAGUACAUCUGUUAUAGUAAACGAAUACUACCGACUCUCGUGUGUAGAUAUAAUAUAAAUACGGCGGCGGUGGUGGUGGCAGCAGUAGCAGCAACAGUGAACUGUGAAGUAGUGACUACCGACCGAGGCCGAGCAGUAUACACACACACACACAUCUGUUUACCGCCUCGCGCGCGCCUGAGAGAGCUGAGCUUCUGCAGCUAGCUCGUUAUACUAUUGUGUGUAUCGUGGUAUACGUUUGUAACGUUAUUAUGCAAGUGCCUUCGAACGAUUAGCGACGACGUGUGCGCGAACGAGCUGCUGCUGCUGCUGCGGUAUAUAUCGCGAGCUCGAGUCGCGGAGUGUGCGAAGUGCGGUGCGGUGCAGUGCUCGCGGGGGAGGCCAGCCAGCAGGCCUGUAUAUCAUCGACACACACACAUACACACGCACGCAAGCAUACGGGGAAGGCUCCCAUCGUCAUCGACGGUGUUUUCAUCAUCGUAUAUACAUGCGAUAAUACACCUGUGAACGAGUGCGUGUGCCAGUGUGCGUUCGUGUGAAUUCUUGUGGUGGCUGAUUAUCAUUUGUAUACAUCUGCUGCAUGUCCAACGCACGAACCAAUCGUACAUACGUCUGUCGAUCGAGACUCGUCUUGAACAGUAAUAACAGCAGCAGUAGCAGUGGUGACAUAGCGUAGAAGUAAGUGAUACAUAAGCACAUCGAAUCAUGGCCGAUGACGGCGGAGGCGGUGGCGGUGGAUCAACCGGUGGUAGCUGCAGCAGCAGCGUUACCGGUGGAAGCAUUGGUGGCAACAGCAGCAGCGGCGGCGAAACGAGCCGAUUGCAACUGCUCCAGGAGAUGCGACAGCAGAACUUCGACAGCAUCAGGUUCUCGUCUUAUCGCACUGCCUGCAAGCUGCGUUUCAUUCAGAAGAAAGUCAAUCUGCACAACGUGGACAUCUGGAACGUGAUCGAGGCUUUCCGCGAGAACAGCCUGAACACGCUGGAACCAUCGAGCACGCUGAGCGUAUCGCGGCUCGAGACCCUUCUCUCGUCCCUGUUCCACGCGCUGAACAAGCGAGUGCCGAUCUCGCUGCAGGUCAGAGUCGACGCCACGACCGCUCUUCUCAUGAAUUGGCUCUUGGCCGCCUACACGAAUGGCGAGAACAGCAAGAUCACAGUAUUCUCGGUCAAAGUCGCCUUGGCGACCUUAUGCGCUGGUAAACUCAUGGACAAAUUCCGAUAUAUUUUCUCGCAAAUCUCAGACAGCAACGGGCACAUGAUCCAUUGGAGAUUCGCCGAUUACCUGCAAGAAGUUUUGGCCCUGCCCGCUGCCCUCUACGAGUCUCCGUCGUUCGGCUACUCCGACGGUUUGGCCACUCUCAUAUUUCCACCGAACGCCAAAGUAACGGUGAACGACUUUUUGGACACACUCAUGUCCGAGCCCGGUCCGCACUGUCUCAUCUGGCUGCCGCUGUACCACAGAUUAGCGACGGUCGAGUCGGUCACCCAUCCGAUAGCCUGCGACGCCUGCCACAAGGAAAACUUCACGGGCUUCCGGUACAGGUGUCAGAAAUGCCACUCCUAUCAGCUCUGCCAGGACUGCUUCUGGCGAGGUAAAGUCUCCGGCUCGCACACGAACGAACACGAGACCAGAGAGUACAGCAGUUUCAAAUCUCCGAGCAAGCAAAUAGGCCACUCGCUGAGAAAAAGCUUCCGAUGCGUGCCGGAUAAGGGAAAGAAUUCGAUUCCGAAAUUUCCUGAGCAGCCGGAAAAAACUUUGGACUUGUCGCAUAUUGUACCUCCGUCUCCUCUGCCAUCUCACAACGGGUUCCCCGAUCAGGGAUACAUGGGACCUUUCGAUUCCGGUUCGCUAGAUAGUCGAUCAACUUUGAGAAGCAUGGAUAGUACAAGACUUGACGACGAACACAAAUUAAUCGCAAUGUAUGCACAACGUUUGUCUCAGGAAGCGAGAACUGUGCCUCGAGCCUCGUCCAGACUAUCACAAAGCGACCAAUCGAGCCGCGCACCGUCUGACGCGAAUCUGGCAUCUCUCGAAGCUUCCAGGGCGCAGCGGGAGCUCAUAUCUCAAUUAGAGGCGAAAAAUAAAGAAAUAAUGCGAGAAAUAGCAAGGUUAAGGAGACAACAAGAAAUUGAAGCUGCAGGUUCGGAAAAUCCAGCGCUCAUGUCGGAGCUUCUAGGUUUGCGACAGAAAAAGGCCGAGUUGGAAAAUUAUCUGGUCACGCUUCAAGACUCCAGAAGGCAGCUCAUGGGCCAGCUCGAGGGAUUAAUGAGGCUAUUGAAAAUACAUCCGCCGUCGCCGCGCUCGACUCCGAAUAGUUCUCCGCGCAGCGCGAAGUCGCCGCCGCUGCCGCCGGGCAAUGUGGGCAUCGUCGGCGGGCCGAAUAACACCGGCACACCCGGCAGCAGGUCGGCGCCUCCGACCCCGGGCGGACCGCUCGGUGGCAUGACGACGCAUCAGCAGCAGCAACAGCAACAGAUGACCCGUAGCUAUCAGAGCCCCGUGCCGCCGACCUCCGUCAGUCAGACCGUCAACAAUAUGUCCAUGUCGAGCGCGACCCCCGACAGCUUGUCGAACGUCGGCGGCAACGUAAGGUCAGCCUUCAGAACAACAAACAGCUUGCCUGGGAGUGGCAACAACAGUGCCAACAAUACUUUAGGUAGAUCUCUGAGGAAUGAUCUCCUCAUAGCCGCUGAUAACGUCACAAACGCCAUGUCUUCGCUCGUGAGAGAAUUAAAUUCAGACUCAGACGAGGAGGACCAAUCUCUUAACUCAGGACGUCUUAACAUCAGAAAACCUCUAGAUUUCGAAAUGGGUAUGGGCGUCGGAGAAGACGUCGUCGAGGACAACGGCGUGCUCGGCGGCGGUGGCAGUUGGCGCGACGAGCUCCAACGUCGCUACCAGCAGGAGAACGACUUUCUCGCCGAGAUACGCGCCAGGAACGCCAUGCUGAGCGCCCAACAGCAGCAACAGCAGCACAAUAAUCAUCAGAAUCAGCUGCACCAGCAGCAGCAGCAGCAGAACCAGUUCCAUCAGAACCAGCUGAACCAUCAGAAUCAGGUGCAGAAUCAGAUGCAGCAGCAUCGCAAUCAGGUGCAGCAGUAUCAUCUGAAUCAACAGAAUCAGAACAACGUUCAUCAUCAUCAGCAGCAGCAGCUCAACAAUCACCAUCAGGAGCAGCAACAGCAGCAGCAGCAGAAUCCGGGCGAGAGGGAGGAGGCCGAGGGCGAAAAGUGCGACGAGAGCGAGACCGAGUGGUCCGAGGCACUCAAGCGUUGGGUCAAUCGAUAAGCGCCUUCCCCCCCUUCUCCCCAUCGUCGUUAUACAUUUCGCGUCGUUAUUCUUACAUAAUUAUAUAAUUAUAUUAUUAUUAUUAUAUAUAUAUAUAUCUCGUGUUCGUCCGUUGUACCGCUGCACCCAAAGUGCAACGUUCUCGGCUAUGCAUCAUUAAUCAUGAUUAAACCAUAUGCAUUGUAAUCCAUAUCGUCAACGUAAAGUUAAAUAUAGGAAAACUGAGAGAAAAUUUUUAACGUAACUCCGCGUUCCGCGAGAUUUUCUGAAAACGAAUUGAUAACCCGCUCGAGCUCGAUUGCUACUUCCGAUACAUACAAUCGGUGAGUGUAUAAUUCAAAUUUGAUUUAUAGAUAUACAGUUGAGACGGAAUCGAUACAAACGAAGUUGCUUUCCAGGAGUAAAAGAGGUAUAGAUAUUGCAUUAAUUAGUCGUAAUUUUUUGCCUGUAAAUAUCAUUUCUUCCUCGGCGGCGUCGACGAGUAUAUAAAAUGUAUAAAUUAUGUGCGAGCUGUAAUAUGUACAAUUGUACAUAGUUGUUGUGUAUAAUAUCGAUAUAUUGGGUCAUUUCUCCGCGAUUCAUUGAAAUAUAUAUAUAAUUGUAUUGCCGAUAAUUGGUGUCGCGUUUAAUCGAGUCAAUUCGUUUUCACGAAACAUACCGCGCGAAUGGCGUACGAAAAUUUAAGCAAAUUUAUGCGAGAACGUAUUCUGGAAAUACUUGUAUUGUAAAACGGGAAUGAUUUAAUCAAAAAGGUUUUGAAACGUCGACGCGAAUCUCGUUGCCGAUUUACGACGAUGCGCGAUGUAGUCGUACACGAUUGUCGAGAGAAAACUGCACAAAAUACCGAAUUAAAAUUGGGUGAACGAGAAAGACAAGAAACAAUUUAAAUGGCAAUAAAUAUGGAACGGUCGAGAAGCGAAGAACAAUAAAUGCCUUCGAAUUGAUCCAUAGUUGUUUUGGUAUAAACUCAGAAUACUGAUAUCAAUGUUACGAUAUGUCUCCCGAUAAAUUAUUAAUUAUGAAGCAUUUUGAUAAUAUUGUACAACAGUUCAACAAAUCGAAUCGAGAAACAAUUGUUAUUUGUCGAAGGGCACGAUUCUUACCAAACGUUUCGCCGCGAAGAUGAAUUAUUGAGUACCGAUGGACGAUUUUUAAUUAAUGAAACGUCUUAUUGAGUUCGAUUUCGUAUCGAACGCAAAACACGAUUAUAUUAAACGAUGAAAAAUUUCGAGGGACAAUUUUUACCCCUAGGGUCGGCGUCAUAACGCCAACGUUUCAACUAAUGUACGCAACGAGAAAAUUUUGUUGUACAAAUUAUACCGUAAAAUCAUACCGUUUCUCAUUCGGUGAACAUUUUAAAAUGUGCUAGACGGUCAAUUAAUCGUGACAAUACAAUGCAUAUUCUCGCCAGGAUGUAAUUCAUGACGAAACUCGUUCAAAAUUUCCUUUUUCGUUGUUUUUUUCGGUGGAUAAUUUUUACAAUAAAAUUUACUCUUGGUAGUUUAGAUAGCGAUAUUUUUAAAGGAAAAUUUUACAACUUCCUCUAAAAGAUUAACACUUCGCUGACUCUCAAUAUAAUAAGCUAGUUUCAUUGAGAAUGAAAAAUUUAAAUACGAUUUUACCGAGAUCACACAUUUUCUAUGAACUUUUUACUCAAAAUUUAUCUAAAAAGGAUUUUUAAUGAUUAAGAACUCAUAUCGUUAUACAUAUAUCACAAUGAGAAGCCUGACAAAAAAAAGAAGAAUCGUUGUAUAACUUUAUACAUGUAUACUAAAUUUGAGAUAAGCAUAAAACAAGGAACCAAUUGUCAGCCGAUUUCAAACAAACAAAAAUUAAGCUAUUUUUCAGCUUACUCAUAAACAAAUGCACGCAUUUAUUGUAACAUCGUUUUAAUAGUCUACAUUGAAUGAAAUAAAUGUGACCAACACGUUAAAAAGGGCUAAUAAUAUAAUAGCGAAUUUAAGGCAAUUACAGUUGAAAGAUGUAUUUGUAAUGCAAUUUUAUACUGCAAGAAUAAUUUGACAUAAAAAUUAGAUCGUCAAAAUAGAAGGACAAAAAAAAAACUUAGAUAAAAGACAUCUCUCGUUAACUCAAAAGACUGUUACUCAAUGCCAAAAGUUUUGUACCGCAACAUAGCUUCCAUGAUACAACAUUUCCAACACACAGUGCUAGAAAAGAAAAAUGUUAAUGUCAUUGUCAUCUUCGUAGCAGCGACACUCGUAAAACAAAACGAAAAACAAAAAACAAAACAAAAAAAAAACAUAUCUCUACUUGCGACUUAUAUAAAGAAAUCAGAUUUAGAAAUGUAAUCACGUAGAGCUUGACUAUCUCAUAUCAGACUCAUUUUGACCAUAUAGUUAUUAUUACAGCGCAAUAAGCAGUAAGCGAAAAACACAACUUCCAAUGCUAAAAUGUAUCGUGUUCGUAGAUGAUAGAAAUUCAAGGUACAUUGGAAAAUAGGCAAAGUACUAUGUAACAUGGUACUUAUUAUACAGAAUGCCGGUGCGAGGGGUCAUUCUUGAGGAAUGAUUUCGUGGAUGUUACGGAUUAUUAACUUGCAUUUAAAGAAUUGAUGAUUUUAAUUCGCCCGUACAAUUAUACCUUGUUAAUUUUUUUCAAAUAUAUAUUAUGUUAUUGUACAAAUAAACUUAUUUAUCGAACUGAAUAAGGCAAUACAUGUUGCAAAGUGCUCACGUGUACUUGAUUAAUGAAAAUUUAAGUCGAAAAAAUGUAUUUUUCAGUUCGAUCAAUUUAGUUUUUACGACUUACAAAUGGAUUGAAUCUAAUGUUUGUUUUACUAUUUAUUUUUUUAUUCAUUUCCAAUACCAUAAGACAAAUGUGUUCGAUUGUUUUCUUCCAGAUAGAGCGAACUCUUAAUAAAAAAAAGUUACCAUAAAUUUAGUCAAAGAUAAGCCGGGGUAAAAUGAGAAGUGUUGAAUUUUUAACGAUCCUGAAAACUCAUCCACAAAAAGUAAAUUUAUACCUGCAAAAGAAGAGAGCGCAAUUCUCUCUAUCGUUCUCACUGCUCGCUUUGCCCCAUCCUAGUGUUAUAUUAUCAAUGUUUAUGUGAUUAAACGGCAUUUCCAGACUCUCAAUCAUUGUAAUACAUUAUUCCAGAAAAAAAAAUAGGUCUUCGGAUGUAUUAAUAGCGCGUGUGGGAGCUUCGAAGAAUCGUAUGUGCGUUACACGAACUGAUUAUUUAAUAAACCAUAUAAUACGAUAUUAGAA